GGCGGCGCAUGCGGCGCGGGAGGCGGGGGACGGCCGGAGAUGGCGGCGGCGAGCGCGGCGCUGCGGCGGUACCUGCUGCUGCUGGCGCAGGAGCACCUCGAGUUCCGCCUGCCGGAAAUAGCAUCUUUGCUCUCGCUUUGUGGUGGACAGUUUAGCAGUCAGCAGGAAGUCCGUGUAAAUUCUCCGUUUUGGAUUCUCAGUAUUCCUUCAGAAGAGAUGGCAAGGGGGCUGAUGAAACGGACAGUGUGUGCAAAGUCUAUAUUUGAGCUGUGGGGUCAUGGCAAAUCUGCAGGGGAACUCUAUGCAUCCUUGAAGAACUAUCCAAUGGACAAGAUGCUUCCAUAUCUCCAGCCAGACUCAACGUACAAAAUACAUAUUCAUACAUUUAAUAAGACACUGACCCAAGCACAGAAGAUAAAAAAAAUAGAUGCUCUUGAAUUUCUGCCAUUCAAUGGAAAGGUAAAUCUAAAGAAUCCAGAACACAUCUUCUGGAUUUUGGAAGAUUAUGGAACGGACCCUAACAAUGUCCCAGAAGAGCCCUGUGAUCUGUAUUUUGGUAGAUGGAUUGCUGAUGGCCAAAGAGAACUUAUUGAGUCCUACAGCGUAAAAAAGAGGCACUUUAUUGGAAAUACUAGCAUGGAUGCCUGUCUGUCAUUCAUCAUGGCAAACCAUGGGAGAGUAAAACCCAAUGAUAUUGUAUAUGAUCCAUUUGUUGGAACAGGUGGCCUCCUUAUCUCCUCAGCACACUUUGGAGCAUACGUCUGUGGUACUGAUAUAGAUUACAACACAAUCCAUGGGUUAGGCAAGGCAAGCAGGAAAAACCAGAAAUGGAGAGGGCCAGAUGAAAAUAUCAGAGCUAAUCUCCGACAGUAUGGUUUAGAAAAAUACUACCUCGAUGCACUGGUUUCUGAUUCUUCAAGACCAAUAUGGCGAAAGGGAACGUUGUUUGAUGCAAUCAUUACAGACCCACCAUAUGGUAUCAGAGAAGCUACUCGCAGAACAGGCUCACAAAAGGAAUCAGUUAAAUCAUCCGAGAGAAGCACAGAAAAUCACAUCAUCAUUUCAUCCAGCUAUCAUCUGAGUGACAUCUUUUUUGACCUAUUGAAGUUUGCAGCAGAAUAUCUGGUGAUGGGAGGAAGAUUAGUUUACUGGCUGCCGAUAUACAGGCCUGAAUAUACAGAAGAGAUCAUUCCCCGCCACCCGUGCCUGAAACUUAUUAGCAACUGUGAACAGAUGCUUUCCAGCCACACAUCAAGGCGCCUGAUAACCAUGGAAAAGGUGAAGGAAUUCAAGCUCAGUUGUACUUGUGAGGCUGUUCAGCUCAGUCCCAUCCUGCCACUGAGUGUGAGAAACUGUAAACCAUGAAUGUUAAACUGUUUUUAAAUUUGACAUCAGCUUUCAGCGCUCAGAUAAAAAGGUUGAUGUAUUAUUUGUUAGAGUACUGUUAACACAAAUUGGUAAGUAUAUUAAUUGUACAGAGCCACAACAUGUGAUGAACUAAACUAUAUAAUCACUCAUAUAAUGGGUCAGUUUUCUAAACUGUUUUAUAGGCUGAUGUCAAAUAGAUUUUAUGUGCAGGGCUUCAUUAUAUCAGCUUUACUUUUCAGUAAGUACAUGAAUAGUGCACACAAAUAAAAUCCUCUGAUAGUACUUCAGUAUCUGUGGGAACUCCUUUUAAUCUUUUGUGUUUCUCUUCUGUUUUUAUCUGCUUUCCACAAAAUGAGUGAUUGAAUUAUUCAGGUUAUAUUUUUUUCUGAAAACUAAUCUUUGUAUUUUCCUUUGUAAAAGUCUGUGUGACAUAGUACCUGUGCUCUCAUUUCAACAUACAAGGGUUGAAUUCUGGUGAUAACUGCUGAGAUACUUCCAGUGAUUCAGCACAGUUCAAGCUUCUAAUGUAUGUUAUUGACACUUGCAUCAGAUUGGUGUACAGAGUAGAAAUUUGAAUAAUUACAUUUAAAACAAACGAAGAAAAACAAACCAUUACAGCAAAACAAACAAAAAAUUUGCUUGCAGCUUGUGUUUGAUCAGUGUUGAAUGACUCCACUGCAUAUAUAUUCUCAUUUCUGUUAAAAUGUCAAGGAGUUUGUAGUAAGAUGUAUGUGUUCUUGUUAAUUCCAAAGAAAACUUCAGUGGUGUAUUUUUGGAAUUCUUUAACAAUUUAAAUGUUUGCCAUUAAAUUGUAAAAAGUACUUUAUUCUUGCAUGUUAUAAUCUGAAAAAUUCUGGAGGAAAAACAGUGGCAAUGCAUGUUGAACUUAGUACCAUAAAAAUUAAUGCUUACAUUUUGAUACCAUACAGGAUCAAGACCAGAAUUCUUACUUGUUGGAUGGUCAAUACAUGCCAUACAAGGGACACAAUUCUUUCCGUGAGAAGUAUUUCAGUGGUGUGAC